AUGCUCGAUGCCAAGCCCAGUACCCCUCGGUCUGCUUCAUCCACAACGCAUCGAAGGGCGGGUAAGCCCAAAUCCCGGAAAGGAUGUGUGACUUGCAAAAUCCGCCAUGUUAAAUGCGAUGAGGCAAAGCCGGAAUGCAACCAGUGCAUUCGUUCGGGUCGUAAAUGCGAUGGCUACACCGAUUCGUCGCAGAGAGAGCUCCAGGAGCAAAUCAAAAGGGAUAUUCCCCGCCAGACAUGGCAGAUCAACUCGGAUCAACGUUUAGUGCUGGUCCCUGGAUCUCGAGAAGAGCGCCAGUAUGUACAUGUUUUCUGCACACAGGCGACACAUACAUUAUCGGGCUUCUUUCCGUCUGAUUUCUGGACGAGGUUUCUUCCUCAGCUCAGUCAUCGCUAUCCGACGAUUCGUCAUGCUGUUUCGGCAGUUGGUGCGGUUUAUGAGAAGCAGUUGCUUCCUGCGACUUCUGAUUCUACCAAUGUGGAGCAGUUUACUCUACAACAAUAUAACAAAGCUAUCCAGAGCUUCCUCGGCCAGAUGAGUGCCCCGCAGACGGUGGGGAUUGACUUGGUUCUGGUUACAUGCCUCUUAUUCGUAUGCCUUGAAACUCUCCGAUCGAAAAACUCCAGGGCGUUGGAUCAUAUUCAGAGCGGUGUUCAAAUUCUUGCAGCCCGAUUGAAGGAGAAGAAAAUCACUAUUAACAAUGAGUUUGAUCGGGAACUCUUAAACACAUUCGGCCGGCUUAACAUUCAGACAUGUUUAUUCGGACGUGGCAUACAACCUCUCGAUAUCAACCCGGAAAAGUCUACGCUUGCGAUGUCUGAGGAGGGUCUUACGUUCGACAACAUCUCGCAGGCGCGGGAAGCGCUGACCAGCCUUCAAUGCCGAGCGUUAGUUUUUAUUCGAUCGGUCGGGAGUAGAAGUGGAAUUACCUAUGACGAUGUCUAUGCGCAGCAAAUCAAAGAGCAACAAGCUUUCGAAGCAGAACAUUAUACAUGGCGCGCGGCAUUUGAUCGCCUCCGAAAGAGAUCGAGCAAAACUACUGGCAUCUCGGAUCCACGGGCGCCAUUGGCGCUACUCAUUGACUAUAAUACGUCCUUGGUCUGGCUGCUCAAUUGUAUUUUCCAAGAAGAGUCGCAUUUCGACAACUUUACUUCGCACUUUGAAGAAAUUGUUCGUUUAGCGGAAAAUAUCCUCGAGCUCAGCCCGGAGACAGAAUCGAAGCCCGAUGCCGAGCAGUUCUCUCUUGACCCAGGGGUGCUAGCUCAUAUAUACUGGACAGCCCAUAAAUGCCGAAAUCCACUGAUCCGGCGAAGAGCAAUAAAGGCACUAGCUCGGUGCCCAACACGGCAGGGAAUGUGGUUUCGACCGUUAAUUGUGCAAGUGGCUUCUAAGAUUGUGGAGACCGAAGAAGCCGCGCAAUGUACUUUGCCCGUUGAAGAGAGGAAAGUCGCAGAAAAGGAUCGUGUCUAUGAGGCACUUAUUUAUCCAGAUAAUCACCAGAGACCGUGUCCGGUUGAAUUCUGGUUUAAGCCAGAUUCGGUGAAUGGCGAUUUUGAGAGCCGUCGGGUGGAUGUGUCGUGGUGA